UCGAGGAAACGAUGAGCGUUGGUUUAUCGGUAGGGACAGGAAAACCACGCUGUCUCACUGGGUUUGUUCCAGGCCACUGACCCAAUAAAAAGCCUUCGUCUCCUGCGGUUCGGACUGCCUGACAGAUCAAACCUCCCAGUGCCGUGGUGUUUUCAUUCCCCCCAGAGUCAAGGACAUAAUGUGACACUCCCUGAUCCCUGACUGACUGACUGACUUCCAUCGAGGCCACCAUGCAGGAGUGCCACACCGCACUCUGUCUGUCUGUCUACAUCAUUACCUUUGUGCUGGGCUUCCCAGCCAAUGUUCUCGCCUUCUACACUUUCUGCAAGAAAGUGAGGCAGAAACCCACACCCAUUGACAUCCUGCUCCUCAACCUGACCAUCUCCGACCUCCUCUUCCUCCUCUUCCUGCCCUUCAAGAUGCAGGAAGUGAUGAACAACAUGCUCUGGGACAUGCCCUACCCCCUCUGCCCGCUGUCUGGCUUCAUCUUCUACAUGACCAUCUACAACAGCACUUUUUUCCUCACCGCAGUCAGUGUAGAGCGCUAUCUCGGUGUGGCUUUCCCCAUACAGCACACCCUGAAGCGGCGACCUGUGUAUGCUGUCGCCGCCAGCGUCUUCUUCUGGAUUUUCUCCUUCCUCCACCUGAGCAUCGUGUUCAUCGUGCCCUUUAUCGGCUCUGGAAACUCUCCAAACGCCACCUCAGGCCAAAAUGACUCAGCUAGCUCUGCCAGUGGUGACAACAGGAAUGAAGUGUGUUAUGAGAAUUUCACAGAGGCUCAGCUGAGGGUCCUCCUGCCUGUGCGUCUGGAGCUCUGCGUGGUACUUUUCUGCAUCCCUUUUCUGAUAAGUAGUUUCUGCUACAUCAACUUCAUCAGGAUUCUGUCCAAGCUGCAGCACAUUGACCGGCGCCGGCGGCUGCGGGCCAUUGGCAUGGCUUUAGGAACACUGCUGGUGUUCGCUUUAUGUUUUGGCCCCUAUAACGUCUCUCACAUUGUCGGUUAUAUUACAUGGAAAAGUCCUGACUGGAGAGACAAAGCUCUGCUGUGCAGCACCUUUAAUGCUUGUCUAGACCCUCUCAUUUUCUACUUUUCCUCCUCUGCUGUGAGAAAGACUGUGGGUAGUGUAAUGGAAGGAGUUAAGAGACGUAUAAACAGGUGCAUGUCCUGUCACAUGCUCUGGGCCUUGUGGGGGGGGCUUAACAAGACUGCGAAAGAUAAGGAACACAAACAAGAGGAGAUCAAUGCUAUCUAG